UGCGAUCGGCGCGCCUAAGUUCAGUUGAUUUUAGCUUUUCGUUGUGUUCGCAAGUGUUUUCGGUGCACGUCGCGUUUCCAACGACACCGUGAGUUUGCGUGCGCGUCACAAACAUUUUUACAUACAUAUGUAUAAACAAAAUAAUUUUAAUUAAUUGAUUUUUUAUUGUUGCUGUGUGUUCUUUUCUUUCAAUCUUAACGCUUUUUAACAUUUUCGAAGUUUUAUGCGUACGUGUGAUUAGCGCUCGAGACGCGAUUGCCACGAAUCAGAACGUGAGAGCGUUGCGUUGGCUGAUUAGCAUAUUGCGGAGACAAUCGACCAGCGAUUGUUAACACACACACACACACCAAUACAAACACAUACAGCUGUAGGGAAAAACAUAUGUACGGACAAAUGCUUUGGGCUUCAUAGCUCAGUGCGCGGUAAUGAGCUGAGUUAAUUAGUAGCUGACAUAUAAAAUUCAUACCUGAACACACACAGCCAUACACACAUGAAUUAACAGCUGAGAGAAGCAGAAGAAGCGACUAAUAUACGGAGUUUAAUGAGAACCUGACAAAACGGGCCGAUACGAGUCGAUACAGUCGCGACAUUAUGGAAGUCUAUGACGACAGGCCAGUGAGUGUCUACGACAAUUUGAAAGCGACGCCGAACAACGUACACACAAGCACGCCGAAAGCCGUGAAGAGAGGCAACGACACAGUGCCGUCACCAGCCGCAUCGCCAUUGCCCACACGCAGAGCAACAGCAACAGCAGCAGCAGCAGCAGCAGCAACAACAACAACGGGCGGAACCACCGCAGCGAAUAGAGCAACUAGCUCGCCCAUUUACGCCGAUAUUGCAUUCAAGUUUAAUGACAACAACCAACAACUAAGAAAUCUGCAGUCACAACAACAACAACACCUACAGCAACACAACCAACAACAGCAGCAGCAACAACAACAAACGCUUCCGCGCUUGACUCAGCAAUACGUGCUGCAGUCGGCCGCGCAACCGGUGGCGUCAAACUUCACUGACCAAGCACCAACAACAACAGCCACAACACAACAUUUUGCAACGAACACAACGCUGCCAACACAGAAUAACAAUAACAGCACUAACAACUACACUAACAGCAGUAAUCAGCGUUUAAUACAAGCGAACGCGUCGAUUACAUUGCCAGCCCAGGCCCCGGCUCCGGCUACGGCGCCCGCUUCCGCACUAACUGCCGCUCCAGCGCCAAUCAAAGCUAUAGCCACAGCAGCCAUGUCAACAACGACAGCGGCGGCGUCUACGGUGGCAGCGCCUAGGAAUGCAAGUCCGGCACAGCGGCCGCUUAGUCAACACUCGCAAUCGGAACUAUACGAAGCCAGUCAGAGUAUAGCUGCGGUGAAAGCCGCAUUAAAUGAUGCUAAAUCGAAAUUUUUCGGCUUAAACGGUUACGCUCAAGAUCAUCCACACAACAACACGUACACGGCUAAUGAAUCUCGACCGCUGCAGCAAAGAAUCGCCGCCGCGCCACGCCCACUCAUCGACAAUCAAUAUCCAAAAGUACAAAUCGUGACUACAGCCCCAACACCGCCGCCAAAGAGUCAACCCAAGUAUCAGAAUAUACCGGAGAAUAGCGCCAUAUUCCGCAAUAACGUCGAGACGCCACCCGAAUUGCCGCCAAAGCCAUCAGUGGACGCUGCUGUGGUGCCGUCGAGAAUGGUGGCCACAACUCCGCCCCCACAAACUGAUGGCGCCGUGUCUACAACACCCAACUCAGCUGCGUUCUCAACUAGCUCAAGGCAAUCGAACACGCCGUCACCAUCACCAUCAGCACCAUCGGAUGCAGCCAAGGUAUCGUUGUCAUCGUCACAUGCAGCCUACAAGCAAAUACCGCUAAAUGAUAUCGACACUACGCAGCCAUCACAAGCCGUCUACAUGUCCACCACUGUACCGCAGAAUAUAAAAGCCACUCAGUAUCCGAAUCCAAUGAGUUUUAAAUAUCCGAAUCUUGCCCGCUGGUUGCUCAUACUGGAGAUAAUAGUUGGUCUACUAAUAUCAUUCCUAGCAAUUUGGAUAUUCUGUUUGGCACCCAAUACGGCCAUACAAUAUAAUCCCUAUUGGAGCGGUUUAGUGCUCCUGCUCGCUGGCAUUCUUGGACUUGUGCUUGUACGCUAUCAGCGUAUUAAACGUCACAAAGUACGCGAGAAUUGUUUCAAAUUUUUACGCGCCGACUCAUACUUGCUGGCACUCCUCGCCGUCCUGCUGUGCUCUGUGGCGAUCUUCUGUGCCGCCCUACACUAUGCGCGCCUCUGCGCCGACGACACACACUGUGCGCCGACGAAUAUUUUGCUCGAGCAUGGUUCCUGCACGUGCAUCUUCAACGCGAACGAAGACGAGCUGACGGCGCCGACGAACAGCAGUGCGGCACAAGUGGCGAACGGUUUGUUGGACGAAGAAGUAGUGCCGGAGCAUUUCAAUGAUCAAAGCUACAAAGUGGAGUAUCGAGACUUGAGCUGCAAAGAGCUGCGCGGCGAGUGGAUAACCAUACUGAUUCUAUCGAUGGCGCUCAACACUAUCGGCUUUCUGCUCGCCUUUGCCUACACAGUGUUGUUGUUUUGCUGUCGUCACAGCGCCAAGCGUCCGUUCUACACCUCCGUCCAUACGAGUACCUUUUAGACAAGGAUUUGCUGUAGGCUACAAAAUGCACUCACACUCACACGCACACCAACACACACACAUACACAAAUAUACCUGUAGUAUUUUUAAAUGUAGCACUACAUACAUAUUUAUUAAUAUGUAAUUUUAUUAUAAAAUUUUAAAAAAUUUACUUUUACUGCUGAGCUCAUUCUAUACAAGCACACACCCGUGCAUAAGUCGUUGGCGCUUUGUACUUAAUUCGCUUUUAAAACUAAGUUUUAACACUUUAACUUUCAAUUUUGUAAAAUUUUAAUAAGAAAACACGAUUUGCAUAAUUUAUAAAAAAAUACUUAUUUAUUUAAAUACGAUAUAUGYAUAUUUAUUAUUACUGCAUUAAUGCACUC